AUGUCUGCCACAAUUCCCUCAGACCGUCCCUUAAGGGACCAAGAUGCCCUCUCGACAACCUCUUCGGACGAUUCGGAUAUCAGCAACGAAGAGGGAUGGGAAGAUGUUGAGCCUGAUGACGAGACACAGCCGGUAAUUGGCUUGUUUUCCGAUAAGGUCUACCCCGACGUACAGUCGAUGCUCCAGGAGUCUAAAGACAAACAUGGCUUUGACUUGCGGAAGAUUCGAAAGGAUCUUGACUUGGAUUUCCUCGGUACUAUCAAAUUAGUCAAUUAUGUCCGGUCUCAAGUCAAAGCUGGGAACACGACCCCGGAUGUCUCUUCGAAAGAUAAAUUUGAGGACGAGGCUUACUUAAAGCCCGCCCUUGAAGACGACGCCCUUUUGUAUAGCUUGGACGAUAUCGACGACGAAGAAUCCGCGACAGCCGGUGCGACAGAGGCGGAGCGCCGCGUGAUCGAGCUGCAGGAGGACCUUGAACGCCUCCAGAGCCAGUUCACUGAAUAUAGAAUGGCCGUGCAAAAGUCAAUGGAAGAACAGUUGUCGAAGGAAGAUGAGAAAUUGGGACCAUCGCCCAGCGGCCCGUCGGGCAAGAAAAUGAGCAAGAUUGAGGAGGCAGACUCAGAUUACUUCGUUUCUUACUCCUACAAUGCCAUCCACGAGUCCAUGCUCAAGGACUCUGUCCGUACUGACUCCUAUCGCGAUUUCAUUUACGACAACAAGCAUCUCUUCAAGGACAAGGUCGUCUUAGAUGUCGGAUGUGGAACUGGCAUUCUCUCCAUGUUCUGCGCGAAAGCAGGUGCCAAGAAGGUCAUCUCAGUCGACAAUUCCAAUAUCAUUGACAGAGCCAAGGAGAUCAUCUACACCAACGGCUUCGGCGAUGUGAUCACAUGCAUCCGUGGCAAGAUUGAAGAAGUCACUCUGCCUGUUCCCCAGGUCGACAUCAUCGUCUCCGAGUGGAUGGGCUACUGCCUUCUAUUCGAGGCCAUGUUCGAUUCGGUCAUUUACGCCAGAGAUCGGUAUCUCGCUCCAGGAGGACUGAUGGUACCCUCAGACGCCACCCUACGUAUUGCGCCGUUCGCCGAUUCCGAGUUCAUCUCGUCGCACAUCUCAUUCUGGGACGAUGUGUACGGGUUCAAGAUGGGCAGCAUGCGCAAGAACAUCUACGACGAUGCGCUUGUUCGUAGCGUACUGCCUGCGGCAAUUCCUGGUGAUUCUGAUGUAUUCCUAGAACUGCCGUUGCACACCAUCACCGUGGAGGAGCUCUCGUUCCUGAAGGAGUUCCAGGUUACUCUGAAGGAAGAUAUCGACGCUCUUGACGGUUUCGCUAUCUGGUUUGAUAUUUUCUUCAUGCCCUCUAGGGAUUCUACUAUCCCGAAGAACGCCGUUCCUUCAGAAAUGCAGAAAAAGGGUUUCGUCGCCUUCACUACAGGCCCCGAUGGACCGGAAACGCAUUGGCAACAAGGUGUUCUCCUGAUUGAUCGCGAGAAAAAGAAGGGAGUCGCCCUGAAGAAGGGUCAGACCAUCACUGGCAAGGUCGGUUAUCAGAAGAGAGAAGAAGGGUCGCGCUCGCUGGACAUCACCAUCGAGUGGGACACGCAAGUGGGCGAGCAGGGGGCCCAAAAAUGGGCGCUCCUAUGA